GUGGCUAUAUAAGUGUUGAAACAGUUGCCUUCUGCACCAGUUUGUCUCAAACCGUAGAGAUGAUCAGAGUCCUCGUUCAGACUAUCCUGCUUGGAGUGGCCAGCUUGGCCCUUCUACAGACAGGAGUGGCGGCUCAGUGUGAUGCUCUCACCAUCAUCACAGAAACACAGAACAGCUAUGAUGGUAACUUCACUUCAGAGACUCUCAUCCCUAUCAAUGGUCUCGACGUUGUCAUCACCUUCGACAGCCCCGUCGAUAACUUGGCUUAUUGGGAUGGCGGCGUGGAAAAGAUAGACGACACUCACUUCAGAAUCACUAAUCAGAAGUUCUUUGAGACGGGCAGCUACGUGAGCGUUCACUUUCAGGCGCAUUACCAGGAAGGCACCAGACCGAACGUCGUUUCGAUCACUCUGAAUGGCCAAGAGGCGUGUGAUGGGUCGUUGCAGUGGACUACAGUGACGCCUUUCACUAAUCCAUGUGCGGCCACAGGCAUGGGGAAAUAUGAUUACUCUCAGGUUCUGUGUAUGUCCAUCCUGUUCUACGAGGCUCAGCGAUCUGGUCAUCUGCCUGAAGAUCAACGAGUUACUCCAUGGCGGUGGGACUCAGCCUUGGACGAUGGCUCUGAUGUGGGUCAUGACCUUACUGGCGGUUAUUAUGACGCUGGUGACCACGUCAAGUUCGGCUUCCCAAUGGCCUACACAGCCACCGUCCUGGCCUGGGGACUCAUAGACUUUGCUGAAGGUUAUGAGAAAGCUGGUCAAACUGAAUAUGGUCGUGCUGCUGUCAAGUGGGCUACCGACUACUUCCUCAAGGCCCACACUGCUGAAUAUGAAUUAUACGGCCAGGUGGGAGAUGGAGAUAUUGACCACACUUUCUGGGGUCGACCUGAGGACAUGCAUAUGGAGCGACCCUCCAUGAAGAUUGACAGGAGUGCCCCAGGAACUGAACUGGCUUGUGAGACUGCUGCUGCCCUUGCUGCCGCGUCUAUUGUCUUCAAGGACGUUGACUCCGCCUAUGCGGCCGAGAUGUUGGACGUUGCCAAGGAGCUCUAUGCUUUCGGAGACGAAUACCGCCUCGAGUACCACGAAUCUAUCACCGACGCUAUCAACUUCUACAGGUCGUGGAGCGGGUACGGAGAUGAGCUGCUGUGGGGAGCGCUGUGGCUGUACCGAGCUACAGAAGAUGCCACCUACCUCACCAAGGCUCAGGCAGCCUGGGAUGAGUUUACUCUGGGCGAGGGCGCACUACAGUUCUCCUGGGAUGACAAGAAGGCCGGCGCUUAUGCUCUGGGCUCACUGGUAGACCCCAGCAAUACCAUAUACGAGGAAGCCUUAAAGGCGUUCCUUUCUUACCUGAAGACUGAGGCUCAGUACACCCCAGGUGGUCUUGUCUACCUGGACGCUUGGGGCUCCAACCGUCACGCUGCUAACGUUGCCUUCCUCUCUCUCUUUGCAGCCAAGUAUGGAGACCCAGCAGAUGCAGCCGCUAACACGGAGUGGGCUACAGGCCAGCUCGGAUACAUCCUGGGUGACUUCGGACACUCCUUCGUCGUGGUAGGUGUAGACCGUCCCACACGUCCCCACCACCGCUCCGGCUCGUGCCCGAUUCCUCCACAGUCUUGUUUGAAAGACAACUGGGGUCAGAGCCAGCCAGGUCCCAACCCUCACACUCUCUACGGCGCUCUCGUCGGUGGUCCUGACGGGAAUGACGGCUACACCGACGUGCGCACAGACUACCAGCACAACGAGGUUGCUUGUGACUACAACGCUGCCUUCAGUGGAGCUCUGGCAGCUAUGGUAGAGAUCAGCUAGACGACGCUCUCCUCUCCCAUGAAACUAGCUGAUAAUGUUACAUUAUAGAUUCAGUUGGUUUCCAUGAUGUUCACAUUGCACUACAUUUCUAAAACAUAUAUAUUCUAUAUUUAAUAAUAAUAUAAUAUAAUAUAA